GUUGUAUUUCCACAAAGAAGACACUCAUCGUGCGGACAGUCAUGGCGGACCCAAACAAACUCUGCUGAGCACCCACACAUGGGACGGGAAACUUUACAGUUGUAGUGUUUAAUGGCUCGUUUUCUUGUGUCGCUUCGGUUCCGACAACUGUCUUUGACUCGCACCGAGCGUCUCCCUGGUGUCACGUCGUACUUGUAGGGAGUUGUCAUCAUGUCCUUGUGGCGGAGAUGCUGCCGAUGGGGUUUCCUCCACCGCACAGUGGUCCAGAGGUACUCUCAGUGUUUCCGGAUCACACGAACUACUGAUGUCACGGGCACAAGAAGCUGCUCGACGGCCCAGAGUGAGGUGAGGGUCCGGUUUGCGCCCAGUCCGACAGGCUUCUUACAUCUUGGAGGCCUUCGAACUGCUCUGUACAAUUAUAUAUUUGCAAAGAAGUAUGGAGGCUCAUUCGUUCUGCGACUGGAGGACACGGAUCAGAGCAGACUGGUACCAGGAGCUGCAGAAUCCAUAGAGGACAUGCUGGAGUGGGCCGGCAUUCCACCGGAUGAAAGUCCUCGUCGAGGGGGGCCGAUGGGUCCAUAUCUGCAGUCGCUAAGACUUGACCUCUACAGCGAGACAGCGCAGCAGCUUGUGAAGAGUGGACAUGCCUACUACUGUUUCUGCAGCGCACAGAGACUGGAAUUACUCAAAAAAGAGGCCCUGAGGGCUGGACAAACUCCCAGGUAUGAUAACCGGUGUCGUCACCUGCGGUCAGACCAGGUCCAGGAGAAGUUGGUUAACGGAGUCCCACGUGUGAUCAGGUUUCGUCUGGAAUCCGGCGCUGAACCUUUUCAGGAUCUGAUCUUUGGCUGGAAUCGUCAUGAGGUGGCUGAGGUGGAAGGAGACCCUGUGGUAAUAAAAGCAGAUGGAUUUCCCACCUAUCACCUGGCUAACAUAGUAGAUGAUCAUUAUAUGAAAAUCAGCCACGUACUGCGUGGCUCUGAGUGGCUCAUCUCCACCUCCAAGCAUCUGCUCAUGUACCGUGCGCUUGGGUGGCAGCCUCCCACCUUCGGGCACCUGCCACUCCUGAUAAACAAAGAUGGUAGUAAACUGUCGAAGAGGCAGGGGGAUAUAUUCAUUCAGAGCUUUCAGAGAGACGGGGUCCUGCCAGAGGCUCUGCUUGAUAUCACAACCAACUGUGGAUCAGGAUUUAACACCAAUCGAAUGGGCCGGAGGAUUGACGAGCUGAUAUCUGAGUUUAACCCUUCAAAGAUCACUACACAUUCUGCAAUGUUAGACAUGGACAAACUACCAGAGUUCAACAGAGUUCACCUGCAAUGGCAGAUAGAAGACGGGGAGCGAUGCCUUCUCCUGAUUAAAGAUCUACAGGAACAAAUUCAGCACCUCUACUCAGCAGGAAUCCAGGAUAAAGAGGUCUUAUGUGAGGAUUAUAUCAGGCGGGUGCUACAUCUUCGCAAGGGUCACAUAUCCUCUCUAAAGGAACUUCUAAGCCCUAAUUACGCAUAUCUGUGGGUGCGUCCUUCCUUUUCCAUCCAGCAGGUGGAAGCACUCACUACAGAAGCCCAGCACCUUGCCUCAUUAGUGUUGAAGUCUGUAGAGGAGCGAUGUGGGGAGCUGGCAGUAGAUCCGCUCAAUAAAGAACUGAAGUUGUUGGCUAAACAGGCUAAAACCACAAAGUACAGAGAAGUAAUGAAGCUGUUUCGUCUGACUCUCAGUGGCCUGCAGCAAGGUCCCAGCGUAGCUGAGAUGAUGGUUUCUCUGGGGCCUGCGGAGAUCAAGCAUCGAUUCCAGAAACUUCUGCAGCUACCAGAGACAAGAUAAAGACUAAACUUCCUCCUCCACUAAUGGACCUAAGGGGGGGGUGAAGAGUUACAAACUCAGAGUGAUAUUGCUAAGCGCUUCAACACAUUUGAAAUGAAUUGUACUCCACAGAGAUGAGUUAAAUAAUACUUGAAUUAAUGUAAAUAUUUAUAUAAGAGUAAAAGUCAUUUUAUGCA